GCCUUCUCGUCAAGUCUACUUUUUCUAGUGUUAAAUAAUUUAACCAAAAGAUUGGGUCAAUAUUGUUAUUUGUGCAAGAAUAUUAAUAUAAAUGUCUAUAUUUAAAAGGUAUAUCACUAAAACUGUAGUGGCUAUUGUAAAGAAGUAUACAAAAUUAGUGACAUAUUUGGAAAACAAAUGGGAAGGUAAACAUGCUUCAUCGUUUCAUAAUUAUAAAUUAUUUAAAAAUGGUGUCCACUCGACGUUGAUAGAUUUGGGUGACCUCAGUCAGUUAUGGAUAGAUAUUACUUGUCGUUCUCAGUCAAUCAUAGAAAUCCUACCGACUCUUAGUAGACAUCAGGUGUAUGUCCUACGUCAGGUGCCUAAAGAUUUGGUGAGGAUUUUGCCUGUAAUGCUUCUUGCUCCAUUACCAGGAACAAUACUAAUUUUACCAAUCUUUUUUGCUUUUCCUCGUAUUUUUCUGUCACGAGCAUUUUGGACACUAGAACAAUGUAAAUCUAUCGAUACAAAAUGUUUGAAAGAUCGAUUUAACUAUAAUACUCAAUCUUUAUUAAAGUCUAAGCUCUUAACAAUAAUUUAUUCGUCCCCAUGUUCUAUGAAUUAUUCUCAACCUAUUUUGAAGUCUUUAAGAAAGUUAGCUAGUGCGUUAAGUCAGGUUUCAAUAUUAGAACCAAUUUCAAUCGAACAAAUUCGUGAUUUAGUACCUGCUUUCAAAGGUCCAUUAUCUUUAGAACAAUUGGAUACAAGUCAUUUAGCGGCUUUAUGUCGAUUACACGGUCUCUCUAUAUAUUCAUAUAUUUGGAUGAUGAAUACAUUAUUAUGGAGUGAUUUAUUCAAGAGAAAAUCCAUUCUAAAAACAUCUCGUAUACUUGUAUUAAAGAAACAUGCAUAUUUCUUAUAUGUUGAAGAUCAAUGUAUGCAAAAAGAUAAGUUAUUCAAUGAUAAUUCUUUAUCGAUUUUACAAAAUUCUGAAUUGAAACAACUUUGUUUACUAAGAGGAAUUAAUCCGUACUUAUUAAAUCAUAAAGAUUUGGAGGAAAAAUUACAGUAUUGGAUUUCAGCAUCAACCGUUGCUUCAGAAACGGAUUUCAGUUUUCGUUUACAUCUUCCCUUAUUAUUGUGUUCCAAUAAUAUUGAUAUUAAUAAUAAUAAUAGUAUUGAUAAAUAUUAAUUCACAGUUGGCAUACUAAACAGAUCAAUUGUAGAUCUUUUUAUAUUUUUAUAUGACUUAUUAUUAUUAAUAAAGUCAUAUUAUACCUAUUGUGCUGUUAAUCUUGUGUAACUCUCUUUCAGUAUAUAUAUAUAUACUAACGCCUGUUACUCCCAAUGGAGCAUAGGCCACCGACCAGCAUUUUCUAACCCACUCUGUCCUGGACCUUCUCUUCUAGUUCGAUCCAAUUCUUGUUCAUUUUUCUCAUGUCUAUCUCCAUUUCCCGGCGUAAUGUGUUCUUUGGUCUUCCUCUUUUCCUUUGAUCUUGAGGAUCCCAUGUGAGGGCUUGUCUUGUGACGCAGUUGGGUGCUUUCCUCAAUGUGUGUUCCUAUCCACCUCCAUCGCUUCUUCCUGAUCUCUUCCUCCUUAGGGAUCUGGUUUGUUCUCUCACACAGUUGGUUGUUUCUGAUGGUGUCUGGCCAACGGAUCCGAAGUAUUUUGCGUAGACAACUGUUAAUAAACACCUGUAUUUUCUGGAUGAUGACUAUCGUAGUUCCCCAGGUUUCCGCCCCAUACAGUAGAACUGUCUUGACAUUUGUAUUGAAAAUCCCGACCUUGGUGUUGGUUGACAGUUGCUUAGAGUCCGAGAUGUUCUUCAGUUGUGAAGAUGCUGCUCUUGCUUUUCCGAUCCGCGCCUUCACAUCUGCAUCAGAUCCACCAUGUUCAUC